UGGCCGUGUCGCUGUGAAGUGUGAAUGGUUGUGUGUCUGCUGCUGUCGCCGCUGCUGUGGUGUCGUUUCUGCUGCUCCAUUCAGUCAGUGGGAUCAAAUCCACGGUGUUGAACUUUGUGUUUUGUGCUCUGUUCGUUUUCAUCGGUCGUGAUAAGAAUACUGCACAAUAUGGAAGUGGACGGAAAUACAGUUUUGGCAAGGUCACUCAAGGAACAAGGCGUUGAAUAUGUGUUCGGCAUCGUCGGCAUCCCGGUGGUGGAGCUCUCGAUGGCGAUGCAGGCCGAGGGUCUUAAGUACAUCGGUAUGCGAAACGAACAAUCUGCAUGCUAUGCAGCUCAGGCGAUUGGCUACUUGACCGGAAAACCCGGAGUUUGCUUGGUCGUACCGGGACCAGGGUUGCUCCACGUAACCGCUGGAAUGGCCAAUGCACAGAUCAACUGUUGGCCGCUGAUCGUCGUCGCUGGAGCAGCCUUCCAAGAUCAUGAAGGCAUCGGUGCGUUUCAGGAAUGUCCUCAAGUUGAAUUGAGUAGACCGUAUUGCAAGUACGCAGCCAGACCGGCUAGCAUUCCAUUAAUUCCACAACAUGUGGAGAAAGCCGUGCGUUUAGCAUGCUACGGCAGACCUGGCGUAGCCUAUUUGGAUAUGCCGGGUAAUCUCUUGCUGGCAAGAGUUCCCGAAGAAAGUGUUCCGAAGCAAUACGUUCAUCCUGAGCGGCCAAUUGCAUUUCCCGACACGAAGUCCGUCAAAGAAGCUGCCCAUUUACUUGCCAAAGCCAAGCGUCCAUUGGUGAUUGUUGGCAAGGGAGCUGCCUACGCUCAUGCUGAAUUGCACCUCAGGCAGUUGGUUCACCAAACGAACCUUCCGUUCCUUCCAACGCCUAUGGGAAAAGGUGUAGUCCCGGAUCUGGAUCCCCAGUGUGUAGCACCCGCCAGAACUCUUGCUUUACAGAAAGCUGAUGUCAUUCUGCUCCUCGGAGCUCGCCUGAACUGGAUGCUCCAUUUUGGUCGUCAGCCCCGUUUCAGCCCCAACGUCAAGAUCAUUCAGGUAGACUUGAGUGCUGAAGAGCUGCAUAACAGUGUGCUAAGCACCGUGGCCGUUCAAUCGGACAUUGUUCCGUUCACGGAGCAGCUCAUCGAUGAGCUCGCCAGCAUGCAUUUCUACUUCGACAAGAACAACGACUGGUGGAUCGACCUGAAGGCCAAGUGCGAGAAGAACAAGAAAAUUGUUCAACAAAUGGCAAUGGACAAGAAGGUUCCGCUGAACUACCACGCUGUCUUCCAUCAUCUGCAGGAACUGAUUCCGAAGGAUGCCAUCAUUGUUAGCGAGGGAGCCAACACCAUGGACAUUGGUAGAACCUUCUUGCACAACAAAUGGCCUCGUCAUCGCUUGGAUGCCGGUACUUUUGGAACGAUGGGCGUUGGUCCGGGAUUCGCCAUUGCUGCCGCUCUUGUGUGCCGCGAUCGAUUCCCAGGUGAGAAAGUCAUCUGCGUUGAAGGCGAUUCGGCGUUCGGCUUCUCCGGAAUGGAGAUCGAGACCAUGAUUCGGUACCAGUUGCCGGUUGUCAUUGUUGUUGUCAACAACAACGGCAUCUAUUCCGGGUUCGAAAAGGAAGCCUACGAUGAUAUGCGUACCGCUGGGGAUCUUACCAAAGUAACCCCUCCGUCGGCCCUGAACGUCGAAACGCACUACGAAGCGAUGAUGAAUAUGUUCGGCUCGAAGGGACACUUUGUUCGCACCAUUCCGGAACUGCAGCAAGCGGUCAAAGAGGCACUGACCCUCACCGAUCGUCCUACGAUCAUCAAUGUGAUUAUCAGUCCAACGGCCGAUCGCAAACCUCAGGACUUCCAGUGGUUGACGGAGUCCAAGCUGUAGAUUGUGAUAGAUGACUGUGGUAGGGUGCAUGUCGAAGUGGUAGAAGGGUUACAUUUUAACUGAUAAAAGGGGGUUUGAAGGUGCUAGAUAUGCAUGUUUUAUGUACCGUAUGCUUUAGGUUUGAUUGAAUAAAAUUAUUUGCUUCAUAAACAUA